AUGGCAUCCUAUUCAAUUGCUUCAUGUGAAAAUACAGCUGUGCCAAAUUGGCUUGAACUUCCCAAAGACAUCACAACAAACAUUCUUCAGAGGCUUGAUACCAUUGACAUUGUAACAAGUGUUCGUUAUGUGUGUCCUUUAUGGUGGAACAUUUUCAAGGAUCCUCUCAUGUGGCGCACUACUCACAUAACCAGUGUUACUCAUUUUCCUUAUUAUGGCCAGUUGGUGAAGAUUUGUCAUUAUGCUAUUAAACAAAGUUGCGGCCAGUUAGAAGACAUUAGCAUGGAGAAGUUUGCAACUGAUUAUCUCCCUAAAUCCAUAAUUAUUGUAUAA